AUGUCAGCCUACAAAGGACACAAUCUCUCUUCUUCAAAUUCCUCCCCAAAAUGUCCUUUCCAAACAGCUCUCCUGCUGCUAAUACCUUUUUAGUAGAUUCUUUGAUCAGUGCCUGUAGAAGUGACAGUUUUUAUUCUAACAGCGCCAGCAUGUAUAUGCCACCUAGCACAGACAUUGGAACUUAUGGAAUGCAAACCUGUGGACUUCUACCGUCUCUGGCUAAAAGAGAAGUUAAUCACCAAAAUAUGGGUAUGAAUGUACAUCCUUAUAUACCUCAAGUAGACAGUUGGACAGAUCCGAAUAGGUCUUGUCGAAUAGAGCAACCUGUUACACAGCAGGUACCCACUUGUUCCUUUACUACAAAUAUUAAGGAAGAAAGCAAUUGCUGCAUGUAUUCUGAUAAGAGAACAAAACUAAUUUCUUCAGACGUCCCUUCCUACCAGAGGUUGGUCUCUGAAUCAUGUCCCAUUGAAAAUCCCGAGGUUCCUGUCCCAGGAUAUUUUAGACUAAGCCAGACCUACGCCACUGGGAAAACCCAAGAGUACAAUAAUAGUCCUGAAACGAGUUCAACUGUAAUGUUACAGUUAAACCCUCGCGGCAGCUCCAAACCGCAGCUAUCUUCUCAACUUCAGAUGGAAAAGAAAAUGAAUGAAAAUCCGAACAACCAAGACAACUCAGCUAAAGUCUCUCAAGUGGAAAGUCCAGAGCCAAAGUCCACUUUACAAGAUGAAAGGAGCUGCCUGGCUGAAGGCUCUGUGUCCAGCCCAGAAGUACAGGAGAAGGAAAGUAAAGAGGAAAUCAAGUCUGAUACGCCAACAAGCAAUUGGUUAACUGCAAAGAGUGGCAGAAAGAAGAGGUGUCCUUAUACUAAACAUCAAACACUGGAAUUAGAAAAAGAGUUCUUAUUCAAUAUGUAUCUCACUCGAGAGCGCCGCCUAGAGAUCAGUAAGAGCGUAAACCUCACUGACAGGCAGGUCAAGAUUUGGUUUCAAAACCGCAGAAUGAAGCUCAAGAAGAUGAGCAGGGAGAACCGAAUCCGAGAACUGACCGCUAAUCUGACCUUCUCUUAA